AUGAGUUCUCAGUUGUCAGAUGAGAAAAAUCCCGAUUUGCAAAAUCGAAAAAGUCAAGAUGAUGGAAAUGACGUGUUUCUGCAAGGUUCACAGGAUGAAGGUGACCGAGAUAAGCCUGAAACUGAGCAAGAAAUUUCAGUGGAACAACUGGAUGAAAAACAAGUAGAAGAAAUGAAUGCAUUACACCAAGAGAAGGAGAAAGAACAAGUGCUACAAGAUCUAGAGCUGGACUCUUUGUCUCAUUCAAAUGCUGAAAAAAUGAGUGAUAGAGAUAGGUCGGUUGACGAAUUGAAUAGCAUAAUUGAAGAGAAGGAAAAUAAUGACAAUAAUGGAGAAAACUUUGCUUUUGAGGAGAAUGAUAAUAAGGAAGGAGAAAACUAUGACAAUGCUUCUGAACUCGACUUGAAAGUCAAUGCAAUUCAUGCUGAAAAUGAACAAAAGUGUGCAGAUGCCUUUGUAGAAGAAAAACUACCAGCUCUUCCAAAAGAUGAAACUUUUAAUGACAUUGCAUUCAAAGAGGAAACUCCUCCCACAGAAACGAAAAAUACCAAUGAGGUAGAAACUUUAGUAGGGAAUGCACAGAGAUCUGACACUGAAAGUAAUGAAGGAGGAGACAAAGAAAGUGGACAACAUGGUGAAAUCAUUGAAACUCGGGAUAUUAAAGACAAUGACAACAAGAAUAGCAGCACCGAUAAGAAAGAAGACGAGUUAAUAAAAAUCGAACCGGAAUUGGAAGUAAAAGGAGAAUCUAAAAUGGAACUGCAACUGGAACUGGAACUAAAACUAAAACUGGAAAUGGAAAUGGAGCUGGAAAUGGAGCCAGAACUGGGACCGGAGAAAGAACUAGAUGAACAAGGUCUUAAUCAAAAGAGUAUACCAGAAGAUAAUGGGUCAGAGAAGAUUAACCACUUUAAUGAGCCAAGCGACAAUACUGCUAUUACGACAACACUUAAUGGCGAGAUUGUAAAUCACCCUGAUUCCAUUGGCAAAAAAUAUGAUUUGGGUAAAAGUAGCAUAGAUGAUAUGGACGUUGAUAUGCAUAUAGAAACGAGUGAAGAAAACAAAGAAGAAAAAGAAAAAGAAAAAGAAAAAGAAAAAGAAAAUGAGAAAGAGAAAGAGAAAGAAAAAGAUGAUGAUGAUGACAAUGAUGAUGAGGCUUUUGCAGAUGCAAAAGGUAGCCAAAAAUACGAGAUGGAAGAAUUGAGACAAGAAGCUGGAGAAGACGAGAUUUUGAAACAAAUUCAAGUUGAUGACCCUCUGUUUGAUGCAGGUUUGGCAAUUGAUGAUAAAUUGAAAGAGGAAUCCAACGCUGAGGAUAAUACAGCAAAGAAGGUUUCUCAAGAUGCAGACCUAAACAAUGAAGAGCCUCUGCUGCAAACUCAUCGUAACGAACCGACUACUCAGUCUAAUUCAGUAAACAUCGUCAGCCAAGUGAAACAGGAACCUGAUGAUCAGCCGUCUUUGAAUAUGUCAGCAAAGGAGACUGCCACUGCCACUACUACUGGUGGUGGUGCUACAAAGCCAGAACCUACCAAAGAAGCCAAAUCAAUGUCAAUGGAAACUGAUGAUAUUGAAGUUCAAGUUGAAGACGAAGACGAAGAAUCAGAGGAAGAAGUUAUAGAGGACAACACUGAAGAACCUGCAAAAGAAGCUCCAAAAUAUAAGCAAACACAUUUGAUAGUGAUACCAUCAUAUGCAAGUUGGUUCAACAUGAAAAAGAUACACAAGAUUGAAAAAGAAUCCUUGCCAGAAUUUUUUGAUUCUACACAUCCUUCUAAAUCCCCCAAAUUAUAUGCCAAUUAUAGAAAUUUUAUGAUUAAUGCUUAUCGAUUAAACCCCAAUGAGUUUUUAACUUUGACAUCGUGCCGUCGUAACUUGGUAGGAGACGUGGGAACUUUAAUGCGGGUGCACAGAUUUUUAAACAAGUGGGGCUUAAUCAACUAUCAAGUGAGACCCCAAUUCAAACCAGGGUAUGCUCUCGAAAAAGCUCCAAAUGGACUGCUGGUUGAGCUACCCUAUACUGGUGAUUAUCAUGUUAAAUUUGACACGCCCCGUGGACUUUUUCCCUUUGAUACAUCUAGGAUACCUCCGGAAAGAGUUGAUGUUAGCAAAUUGAGAAAACUUUUACAAAUCAAUAAUAGCCAUACUAGUCCAACGAUGAGUGACAACAAUGGUGAGAAUAGAAAGCAUAGCGCUACAGAUGAUAUCCCUGAUGACGUUAAGCAACCGCUCAAGAAGAAGAAGAAGAAACAAGAUGAUGAUGGUUGGACUGUAGAUGAGUAUUCCAAGCUCGUGAAUGCAGUCAAGACGUACAAAAAUGAUUGGUAUCAAAUUGCCGAUGCAGUGGGCUCGAACAAAACCCCGCAACAGUGCGUGCUCAAAUUUUUGAAGAUGCCAUUGGAAGAUAAAUUUGAUCCAGCCAGAUAUGAUGUCAAGGCAAUAGCAGAAUUGUUGAAGUUUUCGUCGAACUAUCCUGUGAACUCGGUCGAUAAUCCUGUUUUAGCCAAUUUGGUAUUUAUGACCAGAAUAGUGGAUUCCGAAGUUGCCAAAGUAGCCAGUGAAGCUGCCAGCAAAGCUAUGGAUGAGUCUAUGAAACAAAAGGUGACCGAGGUGUAUGGGGAUAAAGAGGAAAAGAAAGCAAGUGAAGGAGAAUCAACGACUGGAAACAAGGACACGAUUUUGGAACAAAAUGGACACAGGGGUCGAGACCCUGAUGAGAAAGAUGCGAUGGCGGCCACAUUUGGUAUUGUAGGGGCCAGAAGUCAUUUAUUUGCAUGUUACGAAGAACGGGAGAUGAAUAAGAUCAGUGCCAAUAUUAUCAAUCAUGAGUUGGCUAAGGUUGAAACGAAAUUGUCUAAAAUCGAGGAAUUGGAGAAGAUAUAUGAGCGUGAGAGGCAGAACUUGGCCAAGCAAGUCGAAUCUAACUUUAUGGAUCGAUUAGCAUUGACUAAAUCUACCAUUGGAGUUAUAAAGAAGUUGGAAGAGGCAUGCAAUCUACUUGAGAGUAGGAGUGAAGGGAAACCGGACGAAGUGCGCAGCUUGAUAGAUGAUGCCAAAGUUUUGUUAUACAAGCCAACGAAACAACUGUUGGAGGAGAUUCAUACCAAACUGUCGGAUGAUACUAGUUUGGUAUCUAAAAGUAACGCUGAUUAUCAAAAUGACGAUUAUAAGCCAUUGUCAUUGACCUCUCCGCAAACAUUCAGAGUGUGGGCACCAUAG